GCGUCAAUGCCCCCUGGCAGGUACCCAGCGACUGGGGGUCACGCACAGAGAGGGUGAACAUCAAGCAAGGGGAACGGCUGCUGGGGGGCUUUGCUGGGCUGCUGGGGGGCUGCUGUGGGAUAGAACGGCAACCACAGACCCCGCAAACGGCUACUGAGUUCUCAGGCCCCAGCCAUGAAGACCUCUCAGGGGCUGAACAGACCCAGCCAGGCCGCAGAAGAGGCCGGGGGGACAGGGCGGGGCUCGGGGAGGGCUCCCCCAAGCCCGGCCAUCCCUCCUAAGAGAGCAAAAGUGGCAACGGAGCAGGGGGACCCCGCUGCCCCCGUCUUCCUGCAGGAGCUGAAGGACACCGUUGCCCGCGCUGGCCACAGCAUUCUGCUGAGGGUGGUGGUGGCUGGCAGCCCCUGGCCACAUCUGAGCUGGUACAAAGAGAAGGUGCCCGUUGCCCAUACUGAGCAGGAGGAGAACGAGGCAGAGGAGCACGGCGGCUUCUGGAUCCGCAACAGCAAAGUGACGGACGGCGGGGUCUACUCUUGCGUAGCCAGGAAUGAGCAUGGCGAAGCCGUCACCACGGCCACGCUGACAGUCACAGGCACGGAAGACUCGGAGACAGGAGAGGAAGAUGCCAGCAGCACACAGGUGACCCAGCGCAGCCAGCUCCAGGAUGAGACAACCUACAGCUCCCCUACAGGGGAGUCAGACACGCUGGUGGAUGCCUCCAUGAAGACAACUCCGACCUCGGUGCCAGGCCUGUCUCAGACAGAUGAGCACUCCAGUUGGCCAGGGAGCCAGACUACAGUCUUGGAGAAGGAUCCAGAUGCUGGUCCCACGGUGAGGGGACCCAACCUGCACCCCAGCAUUCCAAGUAGCCUCCCCCAAGGUGGGUACCGGAGGGAUGAUAGCAACAAGAGCAGCAAAGCCAGCACAAAUACCCUCCAUCCACCUGUACAGAAACCUCCUCUCCAGCGGCCAGUGUCCCCCCGGGCAGGACAGUGCCCAGCCCAACCACCUGGACCCAGCCGUGGCCCCACACCACCAGUGGCUCCUCGCAGGAAGUUGCUAAUGCCUCCUGAGUUCCAAGAUACAGCAUCAGAGGAGUUUGAUGAGAAGCUGAAGCGCCCUAAGUCAUCUGGCUACUCUCAGACUGGCACGGGGGAAUCACGGCCCCAGACACCACUGAGCGAGGCCUCCAGCCGUGUGUCCGUCCUCCGCCCAUCUCCCAAGCUGCCACGGUCAGGUUCCAAGAUCUUCGACAAACUCAAAUUCUUUGAGGAGCGUAGGAAAAGCCUGGAACAGAAUGAGAACCCUUUUGCCGGUCACACAUGGCUACCACUACGGAAGACACGCUCAUUUGAUCAUGGUGGCUUUGACAACGCUACUCCCUUCUUGUCAACUGGCUCUCAGGAGGACUUGCAAGAGGACGCCCACUCAGAAUGGGGAGGUGUGGCCUGCCGGCGCCACGCCUUCCAUCAAAAGGCAGCUUCCCUGGAUGAGCGUGGCCGCUUCUCCAGCCAUGUGUAUGACCUUGAGCACAAAUUUACCGAGGAACUUGGCCGCAUCAAGCGCACUGUGUCUCAGCAGCAGCUCCGACGAUCACAAGAACUGUUUCAGUCACCCUCUCCGCGUACCACCACUGAGCCUCUUGGCCCCCGAGUUCCACCACCACGAAAGCUGAAACCACUCAAGGCUUUGCCACCUACAGAGAAUGCACAUGGUGUGCAGCAGCUGGUGUUGUCUAGCGUGGGGUUAGUAGGACCCAGAGAUGAGCCCAAGGGGAUACAGAAGCCUCUGUCAAGGAGCGGGGCAACAGGUGAGCCAACUGGAGAACAGAACAGAGGCGGUAGGGAAACUGAGAUGAAUGGACAGGAUCUGCGGCAGAAUGUGGAACAAUGCCCACUGUCCUGUGCGGCCCCAUUGGGACGGAGAGACCUAGCAUGGACUGGGCCUCUUGAAGGUACUGAUGACGCAGAUGGGGGCUCUGUAAACACGUCAAAGGGGAGCCAUGAAUCAAAGGGUCCCGGUGCGGCCUCCCAUGUCCAGAAAUGGGAAUCAAGCCAGGAUGGACAUUCUCAGCCCUGGAUCAAGACUGGAACAGAAUCAGGCACAGAUAAAAGCAGGGCAGGAACCUAUGUCACAAGCAGAGAGUCGGAGAGAAAGACUGGGAAAGUGUCAGAGAAAAAGGGCAAUUCAUUGCAACCUCCAGAAGGGAAGAGUGCACGGAGCAGAGGAAAAGGCCGCCGAUCCCACAGACUGUCACCCGAACCAGAAUCUUCUGAUGAUUCCUACAUCUCAGCGGGUGAGGAUCCACUGGAGGCACCCAUCUUUGAGAUCCCUGUCCAGGAUGUGAUGGUCACCGCUGGAACUGAAGUGCUGCUAAGAUGCAUCAUCACAGGCAACCCUUCCCCAGAAGUAUCAUGGCGGAAAGAUGGGGUCCCCUUCCAGAGCAGCACUGCGCGCCCUAUCAAAGCAGAGGGCGAACGCCACACCCUGCUGGUCAAGAGUGCCCGUGUGGCCGACACUGGCCUCUACACCGUGUGUGCCACCAACGAAGUGGGCGAAGCCUGCUGUAGUGCCAUCUUGACUGUGCGGCCAGCUCCCCCAGAGACGCACAGUCGACUGGCACCUCCCCAUGAGCUCAGCAGUCCUGUCACAUCGGAUGAAGAGUACCUGAGCCCCUUGGAGGAGUUCCCUGAAGCUGGCACUCCUCGGCAUCAACGUGUCAUGAGAGUGCAACCCCGCUCUGAGAUCAGCCCUGUACACGUGGGCAUCAACUUCAAGGCUCCACCAUCCUUUGAGGUGGCACUGAGUGACCAGACAGUGCUGGAGGGACAAGAUGUGGUCUUCCGCAUUCAGGUGCGGGGGGAGCCUAAGCCCCUUGUGCACUGGCUGAAGAACCGGCACCCGAUCAAGUACGGGCGGCGCAUUUCUGCCGUGGAGGAGGAGGGUGGCUCUUUUUGCCUGCAUAUCCGAAUGGUGGAGUGCACUGAUGCUGGCUAUUAUGCCUGCAAGGCCAUCAAUGAGUAUGGUACCAAGCAGUGUGAGGCCAAGCUUGAUGUGCAAGUGCACCCUGAGACCCAGUCCCUGGCCGUGCUGGCACCCCUGCAGGACGUGGUGGUGGGGGCUGGGGAUGCGGCUACCUUCGAGUGCCUGGUGUCUGGCCCGCCGGAUGUGGAUGUAGACUGGCUGUGGCGGGGGCGCCUGCUCCAGCCUGCCUUGCUCCAGUGCAAGAUGCAUUUCGACGGGCGCAAGUGCAAGCUGCUGCUUACCUCUGUGCACGAGGAUGACAGUGGGGUCUACACGUGCAAGCUAAGCACAGCCAAAGAUGAGCUGACCUGCAGUGCCAAGCUGACAGUGUGGCCGUCACGCCAGCCUCUCUUCACCCGCAAAUUGGAAACGGUGGCCGUGGUGGAGGGACGGACUGCGCGGCUGGACUGCAAGAUUAGUGGGGAACCCCCACCGACUGUCGUCUGGACUCACUUUGGCCAGCCUGUGCAAGAAGGGGAAACCACACGCUUGCAGCAAGAUGGGGGGCUGCACUCAUUGGUCCUCCUACACGUGAGCUCUGAGGAUGAGGGUCAGUAUGGGGUGAGUGCCAGCAACAAGCACGGCCGGGCUGAGUGCACCGCAGAGCUGUAUGUGGAGGAGCCACGCCCUGCGGCUAGUUCCCAGAUCUCCAAGCUGGAGAAGAUGCCAUCUAUUCCGGAGGAGCCAGAACAAGGAGAGAGUGAAGUCGAGCGUUUCACCAUGCCUGACUUCUUGCGGCCACUGCAUGACCUGGACGUGGUAGAAUCCAAGGAGGCUGUUCUAGAGUGUCAAGUGGCUGGGCUACCCUACCCUUCCAUCACCUGGUUCCACAAUGGCCGGCGCGUUGAGAGCACAGAUGACCGAAGAAUGAUGCAGUACAAGGAUGUACACCGCUUGGUUUUCGUUUCUGUCAGCCAUGCCCAUGCUGGGGUUUAUAAAAGCGUCAUUGCCAACAAAGUGGGCAAGGCCACCUGCUAUGCACACCUCUAUGUCACAGAUGUGGUACCUACUCCCCCAGAUGGGCCACCCACCAUAGCUACUAUCACUGGCCGAGCUGUCACACUGCAAUGGAACAAGCCCAAGUGGCUGGACUCCACUAUUGAUCCUGCCUCUGUCACUUACACCCUCCAGCAGCAGAUCCUGGGCACCAGCCACUGGACUGUUUUUGCUACGGGCGUGCGUGAAACCAGCUAUACCAUUCUGGCUCUGACCAAAGGUAUCCGGUACUUGUUCCGUGUCCUGACGACAACAGCCAAAGCCAACAGCAAGCCCUCUCCUCCCAGUGACCCUGUGCAGCUCCUUGACCGUGGCCCGUACCUAGAAGAGGCCCCCAUGAUCCUGGACAAACCAGAUGUGGUCUAUGCCGUAGAAGGGCAACCCAUCUGCAUCACUGUAACCCUCAACCACGCAGAGGCGGCUGUCAUCUGGAGAAGGUCUGGUGUGGUGAUAAAAGAUGGUGACCCCAACUGGGAGAUGAGCAUGCCUGACGAUGACCAGCAUUCACUGCGGUUCUUCCAGGUUGGCAAGGGGGAUGUGGGGGAACUGACCUGCGAGGUGAGCAACCAGCAUGGGUAUGACCACUGCUUCAUCAGCUUGGAGCUGGCAGAGGCACCCUGCUUCGAAUCAAUCAUGGAAGACAUUGAAGUUGGGAUGGGUGAGACACCACAGUUUGCUGUGGUGGUAGAGGGCAAACCUCUUCCUGACAUCAUGUGGUAUAAGGAUGAGGUACUCUUAACUGAGAGCAACCAUCUGAGCUUCGUGUAUGAAGAGAGUGAAUGCUCACUGGUUGUCCUGAACACCACAGAGCAAGACAGCGGAGUCUAUACAUGCACUGCACGCAACCUGGCUGGAGAAGUGUCUUGCAAGGCUGAGCUUGUGGUUCGUCCAGCUGUACCAGAUGCUGAUGCUGCACGGACAGAAGAAGAAUCACACACAACCCGUCGCCUGGCUGACUAUUAUGAUGUACAUGAGGAGAUCAGCAGGGGAGCCUUCUCAUAUGUGCGGAGAGUGACUCAGAAGAGCUCUGGUUUGGCCUUUGCGGCCAAGUUCAUCCCCUGCCGUGCCAAAGCCAAGAAAUCAGCACGCCGUGAACUUGGCAUCCUAGCUCAGCUGGACCACGAGCGUAUCGUCUACUUUCACGAUGCUUUUGAGAAGAGGAAUGCCAUCAUCAUUGUCAUGGAGCUCUGCACUGGAGAAGAACUGCUGGAGCGGAUAGCAAGGAAGCCCUCUGUGAGCGAAUCUGAAAUACGCUCCUAUAUGCGCCAAGUCCUGGAGGGCAUCAGCUACCUCCACCAUCGUGGCAUCCUGCACCUUGACAUUAAGCCUGAAAACCUGCUGCUGGCUGAACCAGGCAGUGAUCAGGUGAGGAUCUGCGACUUUGGCAAUGCCCAGGAGCUGACUCCAGACGAGCCACGCUACUGCAAGUAUGGCACCCCUGAAUUUGUAAGCCCCGAGAUCAUCAGCCAGAGCCCUGUCUCCACUGUCACCGAUGUUUGGCCAGUGGGAGUCAUCACGUACCUAUGCCUUACAGGGAUCUCCCCAUUUGUGGGUGAGAACGACAAGACCACGCUCAUGAACAUUCGCAACUACAAUGUAGCUUUUGAGGAGAGCAUGUUCACAGGACUGACACGAGAGGCAAAAGGCUUUGUUAUCAAAGUGCUGGUCAAUGAUCACCUGAGGCCCAAUGCAGAGCAGACCCUAGAACAUCCCUGGUUCAAGACACUGGCAAAGGGCAAGAGCAUCAGCACUGAUCAUCUCAGGCUCUUCAUAUCUCGUAGAAGGUGGCAGCGCUCCCAGAUCAGUUACAAGUGCAACAUGGUGCCACGACCCAUCCCUGAGCUUCUGGAGGAUACAUCCAGCCACUUGUCCAUCGCUGUGCCACGCCUCCUCAAGGAGAGUUCAGUGCUGUCUUCGUCCUCCGACUCUGAUGACCCAGAAGAGUUGCCCUAUAUCCCCAUGCCCCUUCAGCCUGAAUUUUCUGGUUCUCGCAUGUCCCUCACGGAGAUCCCCACAGAUGAUGAGCCUCUGGGCCCAAAUGGUACUCCAGUGGACGAAGAAGGUACAUCUAUGGAGUGGCAGGAUGAGGGACAGGGAGCGGCAGUGCACACCAAGAGGAAGGAAGAGGUGGAAUCCUCUGUCAGAAGGCAAAAGGGUAAGUUGCCACGGAAGCGCUCCACAGAAGCUGAGGAGCCUAGCGGUUCUGAUGAGGAGGCUCAUGACUCCAGGAAGAGGCCCGAGUACCCCAGGAAGGCCCUGAAGAAAGGUUCUAGUCUGGAUUCCCCAGAAUCAUCAGAGAAGACUUCCCGCAAGGGAGAGCUGCGUCGUGGCAGUUCUGCAGAUAGCGCCCUGUUGCUUAGCCUUCCCUCAGAUGAAGCCGAGUAUCAGUCUCAUUCCCGCAAAAGACUGACCAAGGCAGCCUCCAUGGAGUUGCCCUCCCGGAGCCCCAGCCCUGGGACAUUGUACCACAGGAAGGGUGGUUUGCCUGAGGAAGAAUACACUCAGCGUUUGGAGCUCAUGCGCCAGCGCUUACUACGUGGCAGCCCUGUGGAUGGCAAAUUAAGUGGCUUGCGAGGACCCCUACUAGAGACACUCGGUCUUGAGAAGAAGGUGCCAAGGCCCCCCAGGUUGGAGAAACAGCUGUCCCCUGGACAUAAGAUGGUGCGCGCGGCAUCUAGUGAGGCAGCUCCUCAGCAGCUUCCCCCUGAGGGGCGCCUCCUCCAGAAGAGCAGCUCCUUCAGCCAAGGGGAUGGGGAGCCUGUUAUCCUGCACCGCCGCUCUGGAGCACCACUAGAAAUCCCCCUGGCACACACUGAGGCCCAGAGAUUGAAAGAGACACCAUCACUCUCGGCUCUGAAUGAGUCCAGGCCACAUACACCACAUGAGAUUCCCUCCAAGCCACCCACCCCUGAGACUGAAGAGUCAACAAAGCCUAGUAAUAGGCCUAGUUUGCGGAGACCAACAGCCAGAGGCUCUGAGGACAAGCUACUGGCCAGAUUGGCCAAACCUGAUACCCCAGCACCUGUGAAAGCCAUAGUUCCCCCAAGGGAAUCAAUACCACUCACACCAAUUUCGCCCUCUCCUGGCAGCUCAGCACCCAAGCGUUCUGCCUAUGCUGAGGUGAUGCAGUCCAUCAUGCUUCCAGCUCAUGAGGCAGCAGACUCUUCCGUUGCUGCCUCAGAAAGUGUACCCCAAGAUCCCUCAGCAGGUAUGCAGUCCCACACGGCUGUCUAUGCCAAGGUGGCCGCUCAGGCAUCUGGCCAAGAGCCAUCUGUCCCAGCUCGCUCCUCUAGUACGGAACACAUCCCGGACAUUGAUUCUGAAGAGGUGUUUGAGACCAAGUUCAAGAGAAGUUGGGAAGGCUCCCUCAGCAGGGGCCGUAAGCUACUUUCCAGGUCAGAGGAGCGGCAGCUGGCUUGGCCCCUGGUGCGGGAAGAAGGCAUGUACCGGCCAGGCCCAGUGGGUGCUCCGGUAGAGCUGUCCAAGUCCGCGGCCUCUCGGUGCCUCGGUGAGCGCUCUCAUUCAGUGCAAGACCUGCAUGAGGUGGAGAAAGAAACUGGCUUCAUUCGCAGGAUGUCAAUGCGACUCCGACGCACUCCCCCCGCUGAGAGAAGGAAGGUCAAGGUGGAGGAGGCAGGAGGAACCACCGUCCAGGGCCAGCGGCUUCCCAGGGGCCUGGUGUCCAAGGAGAAAAAGGACUCAGACAGCCUGCAGUCAGAGCCAGGAUCCAGUGAGUCCCCUGUCAUGGCUGUACGCAGGAAGAUUGGCACCACCAUGGAGCGCCUCUCUACACACCUACGCAGCCAUUCACAGCAGCAUGCUGAUGAAGCCCACACGGCCACGGUUGGUGACCGUGUCAGACAGCCUGAGAAGAGAAUCCCGUUGAUCUCUCAGCUGCGUCGGGCCAAUUCUGAGGGUGAGAACCUGCGUCAGGUGGGCAUCCCACAGAACCAGCUGGCCGCCCAAUCUGCCAACGUCCCUUCCACAGAGUCCUUCCAGUCUGACUCAUCCAUAGGCAACGCUCCCAGUGAAGGCCAGCGUCGUGGUUCUCGCUGGGAACGCUGGAAAGGAGAUGGCGUUGUCAUUGUGAACCAGCCCUAUGUGCUCAGUGCGUCAGACUUCCCUCCAGUUUUCCACAUAAAACUGAAGGACCAGGUAUUGCUGGAAGGAGAGGCAGUGCAACUCUGCUGCCUUCCUGCUGCCAGCCCUGCCCCCUGUAUACUGUGGAUGAAAGAUAAGUGUCCCAUUGUAUCGGAGGGCGUUCUCAAUAUAGUCGCAUGUAAAGAUGGCCGUCAGCUGCUUACCAUCUCUAAAGCCUCUAAAAAGGAUGCAGGCCUGUAUGAAUGCAAUGCAACAAAUGCCCUGGGCACCGCUACCAGCUCCUGCACAAUAUCCAUUGCACGGUUUCCUGGGAGACCAGGCACUCCAGAAAUUCCCCAGAAGUACAGGAACACAGUUUUGGUUCUAUGGAGGCCAGCAGAUAGUCAGGCACCAUGCACAUAUACGCUGGAACGCAAGAUGGAUGGGGAGCAUGAGUGGAAAAUAGUCAGCUCAGGCAUUGCUGACUGCUACUUCAACGUCACGGAUCUACCAGUGGGGAGCAACAUCAAGUUCCGCGUUGCCUGUGCCAACAAAGCUGGACAAGGGCCCUAUAGCAACCCCUCAGGGAAGGUGUUCAUUGAAAGUGCAGAGCCCAAGGCUGCCCACUCCGCUAUCACUGCCAAGAAGAGUACCGCUGCCCUAGAGAGAGUGUCUUCCACCAGAUCCACUCAGACCUCUGCUGGCCAGCUUCCCCAGCCAGCACCCAGAACCACAGAGCCCCUGCCUUCCACCCCUCCAAGGAAGCAGAAGGGGUCAGUGCCUAUAGCAGGACAGGCUCCGGCCAAGGAGGAGGAAUCUCUGGCUGCAGAGAAAGAAAAGACCACAACCACGCCACAGCCCUCCAGAGAGGUGUCUUCUUCUGAAUGUCCAGCCAUCACAGUGUCUUCUCCAGAGCCAGCACUGAAGCCCACCAGGACUGCAUCUUCCCUCAGCACCCGCGGUGCCUCGAUGACCACCAAGAUUCCACCUGGCCCAGCAGUCACCCCUGGCUCUUCUCUCUCCAAAUUCUCCCCUAUCUCUCCCGCAUCACCAACACCCAUGGCAGACUCCGCAGUGACCCUCUCCCCCAAAGCUCUUCCUUAUGUGGCCACUUCUUUUGUCUCUAACCCACCAGCAGCACCCGCUGACACGGAAGGUGCCUCCAGUCCCUUGACCACUCCCACGACGGAGGAAGUGCCUUCCCCAUCACGCUUUGUGAGUCGGAACACCACCCCCAGCAGGGACACCGGGAGCUGUGCCCGUGGCAGGCUCACUUCAGCGGCAAAGGAUGACUCGUCCUUACGUCAGGGGAUCCCUCAAAAACCCUACACCUUCCUGGAUGAGAAAGCAAGGGGUCGGUUUGGAGUGAUCCGAGAAUGCAAAGAGAAUGCCACAGGGAAGCGCUUCAUGGCCAAGAUUGUUCCCUAUGAGGCGGAGGAUAAACAGCGUGUUCUGCAGGAAUAUGAACUUCUUAAGGGCCUGCACCACGAGCGCAUCAUGGCAUUGCACGAGGCUUACAUCACACCCCGAUAUCUGGUACUCAUAACAGAGCACUGCACAGGGAAGGAGAUCCUCUACCACUUUGUUGACAGGUUCCGUUACUCCGAGGAUGACGUGGUGGGCUAUGUCACACAGAUCCUCCGGGGACUGGAGUAUCUGCAUGAGCGGCGCAUCGUCCACCUUGAUCUCAAGCCUGACAACAUUAUCGUCUCCUCCUUAAACACAGUAAAAAUAAUAGACUUUGGCAGCGCCCAAAAUUACAAUCCACUAGUGCUGCGCCAGCUAGGGCACCGUGUUGGCACACUAGAAUACAUGGGUAAGUAUAUUUUAGGGUUGGCAUGCCAUGGGAUUUGUCACAAGGAUGCCCAGAGGACUGACGUUUGGGGUGUGGGGGUCCUCACAUUCAUCAUGCUCAGUGGUCGGUCACCAUUCCUUGAAGCUGAUCCCUUGGAGACAGAGAGCAAGAUUCUGGCAGGGCGCUACGAUGCCUUCAGACUGUACCCCAAUGUCUCUCAGAGUGCUGCACUCUUCAUUCGCAAGGUCCUCUCUGCAUAUCCAUGGAGCCGCCCUGCCAUCAAGGAUUGCUUUGCCAACCCUUGGCUCCAGGAUGCAUACCUGAUGAAGCUGCGGCGCCAGACCCUCACUUUCACCACUAGUCGCCUGAAAGAGUUCUUGGUGGAGCACCAGCGUCGGCGCAACGAGGUGGCCACCAAACACAAGGUCUUACUGCGCUCCUACCGUGGCGCCAGCAGCCACCUGCCCUAGCCAUCUGCCCUGCUGGAGGAGCCACAGAACAUUCCGGCAGGGGGUGUGAUGGGCCAAGCACCCAUCCACCCAGCCAGGGUGGGACUGGUUGAUAUACCUCAUGGAUCAGGAAGAGUCGUCAGCACUGGCCGCUGUUCUUCACUCCACCCACCAGCCCUGGCAGAAAGCUGCCUUAGAGGGGUGAAUCAGUGCCCGAUGACAGAAAAUGGCAGAUUGACAACAUUUUCUACGGUGGGAUGGUCAGGGAGGGGUGACUUACUCUGGGAAAUGUGAGGGGCUUUGGAGCAAGGACAUUACUAGGCCGAGGCAAAAAAGCCACCUCACCAAAUAACACCUCUCUUGGACCUCAGAAGUUCCCUGGUGUGUUAUGCCUAAAGUGCUGCAUCUACACCCUGUGUAAGUCAGGUGCCUGGAAUAAGCCAGUCCUUUUUGUUAAAUAACAGCAGACACAAAGUAUGCUGUCUGCAGCCCUAGGAAGUGGGGCAUCUUCAACCUGAGCUGGGAGAAGAAAGAAAAAGAGGGAUUAGCCUUGGAGCCUGCAAUGAAGGCUUAAGCACUGGGAAAAUUCAGUUCCCACGUAUGUCGCUGACACACAAUAUAGGGAUGGAACGCUUCUUGAGCAUUUUGGGUCCCUGAAGCUAGGGUAAAGGGGCAUAUGGUGUCCACCCCCCAGUCCCACUCUUAGGAGCAGCCAAUAACCUGAAACACCAAGGAAGGGAGAAAUCCAGAACUGGUAGGAAGGCCCCUGGGGUUUGUUGCCAUCUGCAUCUGCCGGGUGUCUGGAAAAGGCUGGCAGUGUGAGGCACCUACUAGCCGUUUCUCCUUAUUCACUCCUCACCUCCCACUCUGCACAUUCGUUCCUGCAGCGUGUACUCUUCUGUCACUUACAGAUUACAGACACACAAUAGUCUUUUCUUGUCCUUCAGAACUGAUGCAGACACAGACAUCUCGUCUCCCUGCACGCCGCCUUGAAGUUCCACUUUCCCGUACGCCCUCCUUCCCACUCCAUACGUGCACACUUCACUCCUUCAAUACUCUCUUGCCCACAGCCCAUCUUGAGGCCUGCAAAACACUAAUAAUGAACCCCACACAAAACAGGCACACGUUUGCCAAACCCAUGUCCUUUGUUCUUCCAUGGUCAGGCAAACACGUGCCCCUGUUCAGGCUUCCCUGCGCUUCUGUUGUGUGGGUGGGGGUGGGGGUUGAGCUGGAUUUCACCAUAGAGGAAGAGAGGGGAGGGUCAAGAUGCCUUUCCUCUUACUGGCCUUGGGUGGCAGCUCUCUGUCUCUUUGCAGAUGCUCACUGUUGCAUCCACACAUGAGUUAGGGGAAGGAUUCAUCCACGGGGAUGAGGAAACAGGCCUGGGUUUUCCAGUUUUGCCAUGAAGCUUGGCCUGUAAAGGGUCCAUAGUAAGCCAGAGUUGAUACGUCUCAAUGAAAAGGGUGAAAGCCAUUCUGAAAACCAGAUUUAGACGUUCACUCAGCUGCAUUCAGCAGCAGGUGUGGACAUCCAGGAGAUGGAGACACCGAGACCUGGGUUUGUUGAGGAUGGUGCCUUGAUGAGCUGAGCUGGAGGCAGGCCGAGGAGUUUGGCUAAGGCCCCAGUCCUGUUGCAUGAAUGCAGCUACCCUGUGCAGUUUUGGCUGUGUGAAUCCAUGACCACAGUUCUCUGUCUCUGUAUUUUUUUAAUCCCCCACUCCAAUGUGUUUUGAUUGUGGAGAUGCUAAUUACUUUCUGGUGUGGAGCAGGCAAAGCAGCCAAGAGUCAAAAUAAAUGCAGUGGAUGACCCCAGUGGCUCUGUGUGAUCUCUGGGAAGCUAGCCAGACCAAGUGACUUCUUAGGUCCACAGUAAAAAAAGGAACCAGUUUAACUUGUUUCCCCCACAUACACACACACCACAUCAGAAACAAAAAUGAGCACUACCCACUGGCCCAUCAUUGGGCUAUGCACAGCCAUUACCUCGACCCCCACCCCACCCCAGGAUUGCUAUGGGAAUCUGCAAUCUGAAUUUGUACCGUCCCAGAAAG